CGAUAUUCGAUUACUGGUCUGUGGUAUUAAAUUAAAUUUUCCUCUGUAAUAAUUUGUUGUGUAAUGUAAUAAAGUUUUAGAAUUUUAACAUCUAAAAUGUUAUCGAGAUCCUUGUUGAGAAACAAUGGUUUAAAAUCUCUAGUAAGAUUAUACACCGAGGGGACUGGACAAAACCAGGGCACGUCUUCAAAUGCCCCGCCACCGCCAGCAUCUGCAAAAGUGAACGCUAACGUCCCAGGUCUUAGCAGUGCAGUUAUACAUCCAGCAUCAGAGCCUUUAGGCCCCGGUGUAGACCCUCAGAAGUCGGGACCGUAUAAAGUACCAGAAUACUUUUGCUACGACAAUAUGAGUUACUUUGAAGCUGAAAUUGAGAUGUCCAAGUUUAGGUUGCCACAGCCCUCUGCGCUCAAGAAGUAGACUGCUAUGUUAAUAAGAUUGUUUAGGUUAAUAUAUAAUACCAAUUUGUUUGAUAAAUUAUCUGUAUUUUAAUCCAUACCUAUUUGUUUUUAGUGAUAAAUGUCUACAAUAUGACCAGAAGCAUAGAAAUAAUAAAGGUUUAAUUAAAAAGAA